AUGUCUUACCGGGAUCUGCGAAACUUUACUGAAAUAAUGAGAGCUUUGAGUUACCCCCGUCUGGUAUCAAUGGAGAAUUUUCGCUCACCGAACUUUCCGCUUGUUUCUGAGAUCUUGAAGUGGCUUGUGCGAAGAUACGACCCUGGUGCUGAUCUGCCGAUGGAUGUUGAUACUGAGCAUGACAGAGUGCUGUUUGUCAAAAGUGUGGCGCAAUUCAUGGCAACAAAAGCUCACAUCAAGCUGAACACAAAGAAAUUAUAUGGUGCAGAUGGGUAUGCAGUUAAAGAACUGUUGAAGGUUGCAUCCAUGCUUUACAAUGCCAUGAGAACAAACACAGUGGAUCAGGUGACUUGGGUUGUUACUUUUGGUGUUUUGCUUGAUUGGAUGUUGAUAUUAAUUAUUGAUUUUAUUUUAUGUGCGUGGAAGGAGAAUACAGAGGUGACUGUUACACCUGCUGACUUGAAUACAAAGUCUGCAGACUUGAAGCAGUGUCGACAGUUGGCUUCAGAAAUAACUCAACAUGGAUCCAAACUUAGUGAUUUACUUAAGCAGGAAGUUGAGUUGCGGGAAAUGCGAAUGGCUGCUAUUCAAAGACCAUUGGAGCUCAAUGAUAUUGAGAAACAAGUACAAGAUGGUAUAGGAACAGUGUCUGAACAGAUUCGCCAGACAAUGACAAGGUUAGAAAACUUGGCAUCAGACGAAGCCAAUCUAGAAGAGAAGAUUGAGAAGAAGAAGCAAGAACUCGAGCGAAACCAGAAACGUUUGCAGAGUUUACAAAGUGUUAGGCCUGCCUUCAUGGAUGAGUAUGAGAAGCUUGAAGGCGAUCUACAGAAACACUACGAGGAAUACAUGGUUCGAUUCAGGAAUCUAGCCUAUCUUGAGCAUCAGCUCGAAGAGCAAAAUAAAAUGGAACAGGAAAAACUAGAAGCAACAAACAUGUCACUGCAGGAAAUGCAGAGACGUAUGCAGGAGCAGGAGCAGCUGUUGGUUACUGGGCAACGCGUCGACGGUAACGCCUAUGACUAUGGCCUAAACGAUGAGAUCAUUUACGAUGACACUCAGACGUACGACGAUGACGACGAGUUGGUCGUCGGCGACGACGGAUCGAAGGAGAGGAAAAUGUUUGGCAGCAUGACGGGAGAUGGUCUAGAGGAAGAGGGAAGUAGUCUUAGUACUGCAGACAGCGAAGAUGUUGUUGGUGAUGGUCAACUGCUUGGUGGUGACUCAGACGACGAAGAGGCUCUGGAGAUGGACGACGACGACUCUCAGCAGGGUGUGAACCAGAAUGACAGUGAAGACGACUUCUAGUGUGGCUACCUUAGUAUAACUAAGAUAUAAAUCUUAAAGACGAUGUGAUUGUUGUAUAAAUAUUUGAUUGUUGAUUAUUUGGGUUUUGCCAAUCUUGUGAUUCUAUGUCAACGAUUCGUGUGGGUGGGGUUAGAAGGUUCCACAAUUGCUAUCAAUGACUUAAUCGAAGUUUAGUGUACACAAACGAAGUAUACAUUUAUAAAAUUCU